ACACACACACACACACACACCGGCUGCACACUGAACUCACAGGAAACUCUGCGUGAGGCGGCUGCUGCCCGGGAUUCUCAUGAUCCUUCAGACUGAGUGUCUCCUUCCGUAGAGUGGACUCCAUCAUCAGAGCUGGUGCAAAGGGGGACUGGAAGAGACGAAGGCGUGGGCAGCUGAGGCGCAUUGACAGCUGCAGCAGCUGGGAUCUCGGCCGCGCCGGUACCAGGGCUGGCCCGGAGAAGCAGCAGCCCGCGGUAGGACUGAGCGGAGGUGCAGCCAUGCGCUGCUCCACCCUGCUAGCCAUCUUUACGGGAGUCAUUCUGUACCUGGUGCUGGGAGCCGUGGUGUUCCGCGCCCUGGAGGCUCCGCGAGAAGAGAGCAAGCACAUGCGCCUGCAGGACAAACGCCAGGACUUCCUCUCAAACUUCUCCUGCGUCGACACCGAAAACUUGCAGGCCCUUAUAGAGGAGGUGGUGGAGGCUGUCGGUGCAGGUGUGGACGCCACCGGCAACACCACCUAUGUCAGCAGUUGGGAUUUAGCCAGUGCCUUUUUUUUCUCAGGGACCAUCAUCACUACAAUUGGUUUUGGGAACAUCUCCCCCAAGACGGAGGGAGGGCAGCUCUUCUGCAUUUGCUAUGCCCUGGUGGGAAUCCCCAUGUUUGGCAUCCUGCUGGCUGGAGUUGGAGACCACCUGGGUACCGGCCUGAGGAAAGCUGUUGCCAAAAUAGAGACUCUCUUCCUGAAAUGGCGGGUGAGUCCCACGAUCGUGCGUGUGAUUUCGGCCGUCCUGUCCAUCCUGCUGGGUUGUUUGCUCUUUGUCGCGGUGCCUAUCCUGGUCUUCCAAGAGGUGGAGAAGUGGACUCUCCUGGAGUCGGCCUACUUUGUAGUCAUCACCUUGACCACAGUGGGCUUUGGGGACUAUGUCGCAGGGGAUUCUGGACUUGCAGGGAGUGAGCACUGGUACAAGCCUCUGGUGUGGUUCUGGAUCCUGCUGGGUCUCGCAUACUUUGCAUCUAUCCUGUCGAUGAUCGGGAACUGGCUCCGUGUUUUGUCCAAGAAAACCAGAGCUGAGAUGGAAGAACUGCGAGCUCACGCCACUGACUGGACCCAGAACAUCCAGAAUAUGUCUGUGGACUUUCGCAUUCCAGGGAAAAUCGACGACCCCUUCAAAAGGCGUCGGCGAAAGCGCCGCCACCACGGCCCUCGCAGUCACGGUCACAGCGUUUCGGCUACCGGGGCCCCCGGGGAGACCGGGGAGCAGCGCGAGAGUCAAACAGAGUCUGGAUCCUACACCUCCACUUCCUCCUCCUCUAACGGAUCAGAAUCUGAAUCGGAGACAGACUCUCAGGCCACGCAGACAGACCGAGUUGCCGAGGAUAAGACUGGAAAGCCCACAAAGGAAGAGACUCCUCCAGAUCCCCACUUGUCUCAACCUCUGGACUACUUUGGGGAGAACCUCGCCUUCAUCGACGAGUCCUCUGACGCUCAGAGUGGAAAACUACAUCUGGAUCCUCUCCUGGAUCCCACACAACCUAAAUCACGUCAUGCAAAGAGGAGGCGCCACAGACGGCCUGUCCAGGAGAGAAGCACCAGAAUUAACGGCUCCAACAACAACAAGAAGCAGCCCAACGGAAACCCCACACCAGUUCAAGAUCUACCACAAAAGCCUUAAGACUGACACUUGGAAAGGAAUGUAUUAUCUACCUGUGAGAUAUCAGAUAAGAAAAAUCCCAGUUGCCUUCACUCGAGCUCGUAGGAUUACCAUGACCUGGAAAACUGAAAGUCUACUCCAAGACACUGACUGUUGUUGACAGAGGGAGUUUCUUUUGUGAAUUUCUUCGUGUUAAUAUGCUGCUUAGGGCAGAGUUAAGAUGAUGCUGAAGCCUUAUAGCCAUUUGUGGUUUGCAUUUGAAUGUUCCUCUAAGCAUGUGAGUAUGUAUGCCUCAGUCACAGACCAUGGUGACAAGCCAUCUUCGCUUUCCUUUUAUGAUGAGUUACUGCCCUCUGCUGGACUAAGACUGUAUUACAACAAUCUCUCAGAAUCUGCCGUUUACAAUUCCUGGUGUAGGCCAAAAAAAACAAAACAAACAA